CAGACUCUGAUUACGCCAACCACCCGCCUCCCACGGAUUCGGAGGCCGAGUAUGAGCCACUGCCCGUGUAUGUUUCAUCGUCGACGUCGUUGGCCACUCUGAACAACAGGGGCGGACGACCGCCUUCCAACAUGCUGCACUCUCGAAACGGCUCGCGCGAGACGCUUCUGGAGAACGAGGACUUGGUCAACCAGGUGAUCCUGUUUGGUAUUUCCUCCACAGCCACCACAGACCUCAACCGACAACGCAAUUCUCUCAAAGAGCUGGGACUCAAAAGACUCUCUCCCCGGGAACACAUUGCCGUUGCGAUCUGCCGGGAUUUCUCGCUUUUGGUGAUAAUUAAAAACCUGGUUGUCCUGUGGCACUCCUGGUACACCAUGAUGUACGACGAGCCGUUCCAGAUCAACGUGACGUCGGUGCGGGCGUCGGAAUUCUUUCUUGCCGGAAUCUGGUGCAUGGUGUCUGGAUUUCUGUCGUACUCGAUUCUGGACGGGCUGAUGGUGCGGUGGAUCGUGAUGUAUGCGAUCCAGGCGGCUAUAGUGCGGAUGUUGAGCAUGUCGCUCCUGAUCGUUGCUCUUGUGGAAGUGCUGACGUUCAUGUUCAAUAACAAGCAGAACGAGUACUGUUUGCCGGUGUGGAUUUUGAUUAGUUGCGUGAUGACGCUCAUCUACAUUAUCCAGAACUUUGUCACUUCAAAUCUGCGUCUGGACCGCCAUUUGCAGGACAAAGACGAGCCCAAGCAACGAAGCAAGGUGCCGCGCACCGUGGACCUCUACAACAUCACCGUUUUCGCAGUCGUGCCCAUUGGGCUGGCUAGCUUUGUGACCAUGAUAGGCCUGAUCCGGCUGGUCCUGAUCCUGCGGCUAGAAGCGGUGAUGGAAAAAGACUUGUAGUGCUGCCGGCACUUGGCUAUUUUUCGUAGCGAAACCUAAAUCCUCCUCGCACCUAAAAUAUUUUUCAUCAGUUUUAAUUAGUUAUGGUCGUCCACAUCCUCGGAAAAGCCAUCAAAGGCAAGGCCAAGGUCGACAUCGGACUCGCACACACAUUUUUCGGCGUCGGGCUCAAAACGGCCGAGAAAAUUUGCGCCAAGGUCGGCCUCUACCCCAGCAUGCGCAUGCACCAGCUAAACGAAACACAGGUGAUGGCAGUGACCAAGGAACUUACAGACAUGACCAUCGGAUCGAGACUGUUGCAGCAGGUGCGUUCCAACAUCAAGCUCAAGCGGGCGAUCGGUUCGUACCAGGGUCUCAGACACGCAAUGGGACUGCCUGUGCACGGUCAACGUACCAAGUACAACGCCCGUACUGCAAGACGUUUGAAUAAGCUCAACAGAACUCAAUAAAAU